AUAAAUAUCAGCUGCUGCCUCUGCUGAUUCACACUCUCAUCUGUGUCAUCAUCAUUCAUCAGCUGACCAGUGAUUCUCACGCGUUUCCCGUCGAUCGGCGACCGCCAAAUCCGCCCUUCCCAAUCCAUAAUAAUUUCCUGGCAUUCCGUCAGGCAGCUCAUUCCACUGCAUCAUCGAUCGGCUCUCCCUGCUUCUCUCGAUUUCUUCUUCCUCCUACUUUCUCCUUCCUACCUCCUUCUCUUCCAUCUAGAAUUACGACCUCUGCCAUAAAUGUUUUACCUCGCUUGAAUGCCUCUGGUACAUCAGAAAGGGAGAUGCCGUGGACUGUGACAAACUCAUUCAAGCGAGGUCUCAUGAUGAAAACUUACGGACGGCCACUUUGGCGCGUCUACGACGAUGACCAACGGCCUGCCGCCAAAAAACGACGCGUUCAAUCCGGCAAUGAUUCCGACGAAGCCGAAAAUAGCAUCCAAUAUGCCAUCCGCGAGUCUUCCGCCGCCAUCAUGUCCAGUCCGUCGCGUCGCAAUUCUAUUCUUCUCUCCGAAGGCACGCAGGAAGAUGAUCUCUCGACACCCCCAUCUUCUCCCCCACCGCGAUUAAGCCCCCCUCCCGCCAACACGCGGAAACCCACGUUUGCCUUCCUGAAGCGUAAACAGUCCGCCACCAAGGAUGCCAGCAAUGGUACCCCCGUUACGAAUGGCACUACCACCAACGGCACCACCAAUGGCACCCCACUCACCGAGGUCAACUCUAACAGCGUGCGCGCCUCGGUGGAUCCGCCCAAGAAGAAAGCGCCACAGCCGCAGCAGCAGCCGCCGGUCUUGAAGCAGAUGCAGAUCGACCUGGGCCACGAAGUACGGAGGACGUGUGCAACUUGUGGCAUGGAGUACGUGCCGUCGAACACGGAGGAUGCGGCAUUGCAUAAGAAGUUUCACGAUAUGAACUCCACAGGGGUAGAUCUGGGGAAGGCCUUCAUGCGGGCCAACGCAUCACGCUGGGUCUACGAAGCUACACGGUUUGACGAGGGAUAUGUGGUCAUUGUGGAUCGCAAGGCAUCUCCGACCGCGAAGAACCAAGCGAAGAAGGUGCUGGAGGUCAUUUGCAAGGAGCUGUCGUCCCCGACGAUCGAGGACGAGGUUCUGUGGAGUCAAACGGAAGCGCCCAAGCAUCUGCAACAGAACGGAGUACCCGAGAAAGUGGACCGGUACAAGGUGUUUUUGCACAUGAAGGACAGUCGAUGUGUAGGGGCAUGCUUGACGGAGCGGAUUUGGGAGUCACGGCCGGUCAAGAAAUCGGCCGUUUCGGGCAAUGGACCGGACUCGUCGGUCACGGUGGGAGAGGAAAGGCAUCCGGCUAUUGUGGGCAUUUCACGCAUAUGGACAUCAGGCUCCUCACGCCGGAAAGGCAUUGCCAUGGACCUGUUAGACUGCGUGGUGAGCAACUUCAUCUACGGGAUGGAAAUUCCCAAGGAGCAGGUGGCGUUCAGCCAACCGACCGAGAGUGGCAAGGGGCUGGCGCAGUCAUUCUUCGGCAACGAAGAGUGGCAUGUUUACGAGGAAAGCUAA